AUAUCAAAGCAAAAGAACAAAAAAUUAGUUCACGUCUCUACCGUAUAAGAAGCCAUGGCAUUCGCCAUUUUGUAUUAAUGUUCAAUCCAAUUUCAAUUCUCAGAGUUCUUCGUUGAUCCCACCGGUGCUUCAACAAUCAUGCCUCAAUUUCGUUUUACACUUUCCAAAUUCAAAUCUCCUAAGAAAUCACUUUCUACUUCAUCUUCAUCUUCUUCCAUUUAUUACCUACGCUCCAAUGCCUCAACUUCUCCACCUCAAUUCUCAUCUUUCAUCUCCAAAUUUACUCAAAGACAGCCUAAUGUGGCAAAUCCUUCAAAAUUUCCAUCUGGGUAUUUCUCACAUUGUCAUCAGCAUCGAUAUUCCAGCUUCUCCGGGUGCCAUGGUGAAUUUAACCCCGUUUUUACUAAUGGGAAUCGGCUGAAAUACUAUAGUUUAAGAGGUUACAAAAGAGGAAAAGUUUGGAGUUGCUUGAAUAUGGUCAGGAGAUUUAGUAGUGAGGCGGAACGAGAGUCUAUAGAAUAUGAUGUUGUCAUCAUUGGAGCCGGACCUGCUGGGUUAUCUGCGGCGAUUCGGUUGAAGCAAAUGUGUCAAGAAAAGGGUGUUGAUUUAUCGGUUUGUGUGGUGGAGAAAGGCGCUGAAGUUGGCGCUCACAUCCUCUCUGGAAAUGUUUUUGAACCCCGAGCAUUGGACGAACUAAUCCCCACAUGGAAAGAGGAUGAGGCACCAAUCAAUGUACCUGUGACUUCUGAUAAAUUUUGGUUUCUAACAAAAAAUCGUGCCUUUUCACUUCCUUGUCCCUUUAACAAUGAAGGAAACUAUGUGAUAAGUUUAAGUCAGUUAGUUCGUUGGUUGGGAAUGAAAGCGGAAGAGCUGGGGGUAGAAAUAUAUCCAGGCUUUGCUGCUAGUGAGGUGUUAUAUGAUACAACUGACACUGUUAUUGGCAUUAGAACUAAUGACAUGGGAGUAGCAAAAGAUGGCUCAAAGAAGGAUAAUUAUCAACUUGGUGUAGAACUGAGAGGGCGCAUAACGCUUCUGGCUGAGGGAUGUCGAGGAUCAAUAUCAGAGAAAUUAAUAAAAAAAUACAGUUUGAGGAAGAAGGUAAAUGCUCAGCAUCAGACAUAUGCUUUGGGGAUUAAAGAGGUGUGGGAAAUAGACGAGGGCAAACAUGAUCCAGGAGCUGUGCUGCAUACUUUGGGUUGGCCCUUGGACCGUAAGACGUAUGGAGGCUCGUUUUUGUACCACAUGAAGGAUAGACAGAUUUCAAUCGGCCUUGUAGUUGCUUUAAAUUAUCAGAAUCCUUUCUUGAAUCCUUAUGAAGAAUUUCAGAAAUUAAAGCACCAUCCUGCCAUCAAAGAUCUUCUAAAAGGGGGGACAGUUGUGCAAUAUGGGGCUCGAACAUUAAAUGAAGGCGGUCUUCAGUCUGUUCCAUAUCCAGUUUUCCCGGGAGGAGCAAUUAUUGGAUGUUCAGCUGGCUUUUUAAAUGUACCCAAGAUUAAGGGAACACAUACUGCAAUGAAGUCAGGAAUGCUGGCAGCUGAGGCUGCAUUUGCCACGCUUCAUGGAGCCUCAAAUAUGGAUGUGUAUUGGGACAGUUUGCAAAGUAGUUGGAUAUGGGAAGAACUUUAUCGAGCUCGGAACUAUAGACCAGCAUUUGAGCAUGGUCUUAUCUCUGGCUUGACAAUAAGUGCCCUGGAGCACUACGUGCUUAAAGGAAGGUCCCCUCUCACACUAAAGCAUGGGAAACCUGACCACGAAGCUACAAACGUUGCAAGUUUACAUACUCCAAUUAAUUAUCCAAAGCCUGAUAAUAUUUUGUCAUUUGAUGUGCCAACCUCACUACACAGGAGCAACACAAAUCAUGAACAUGAUCAGCCAGCUCACCUUCGCUUAAGGGACGCCAGGAUUCCCGAGGAAGUAAAUUUGAAAGAAUAUGCUGCACCAGAGUCAAGAUAUUGUCCUGCCCGCGUAUACGAGUAUAUACCUGAUGAAAACGACCAGAUGAAGCUGCAGAUUAAUGCUCAAAAUUGUCUUCAUUGCAAGGCUUGUGAUAUUAAAGAUCCAAAACAAAACAUAGAGUGGAGCGUUCCGGAAGGAGGUGGCGGUCCAGGCUACUCCGUCAUGUAAAUAUGUAAUAUAGAAUGAUGUGGGAUUCUUUGAGGAUACAUGAAAUCCUGCUUUGAACUCUUCUGCUCAAAGGGAAAAGGCUUCAUCUUUUACCAAUAAAGCAAACCGUUGAUUCAUUGUUAACAUCUUUAGUUUAAUUAGCCUACAUAUUUCACAUCUUUUAUCAAUAAAGCCCAAGUUUCUUUUGA